AUGCAUAUAAAGAUAUUUCAUGCAAACGGAGAAACACAAAGUGGUUUAAUAGAAAGAAUAUUGGGAUUUGAAAAACAAAUUGCAAAAUGGACAGGAGUGACUAGUCAGCACAACCCAAUUUCCCUUGAAAUUGAAAAGUGUUGUCAUUGUCAUAAAUGUCCAUUGCUUCCCGAUUGCUCUAAACAGUCGGGUGAGGGGCUUUUUAGUCCCUGUCUUAGACCUGGUGAUGAUAAUUAA